AUGGCGGAACGCAGCAGCAGUUCUGAUAAUUCGACACACUCGCCAACGGCGAAAGCUACGAUAGAACACGUCGAGCAGGUCCACACCAACGAGCGUGUGCCAGGACACACGAACUACUAUGAGAAGAAUGGAGUUAGAACCGAAGGUGACGGCGAAGACCAUGACCAUGAACCGCCGAUGACGUUUAGGCGUAUCAUGAGUCUAAUCGCUAUGGCCUUUUUAUGGACAGGAAGCCAGAUACCGGUCUAUCUAUUCGGCGGUGUACCUCCGUAUAUCUACGCAGACAUCGGCGGCACUGACCGGUGGAUCUGGUUUGUGCUGGCUAAUCUCUUGUCUUUGGCUGCAGUCUGCCCAUUCGUAGGCUCCAUCUCAGACAUCGUGGGCCGCCGAUGGGUCGCAAUAGUUGGUGCCAUCUUCCUGAUUGUGGGCAUGAUUAUUUGCUCUACAGCCCAGACGAUGAACGUCUUCAUUGGCGGAAUGGUCUUCUCCGGCAUUGGCGCUGGAAUCAACGAACUCACCGCGCUCGCUGUCACUUCUGAGCUUGCGCCUACUAGUCAACGCGGCAAGUACGUUGCGGUGUUGAUCUUCACCAUCAUCCCCUUCUGCCCCUCGGUUCUUUGGGCACAACUGAUUGCAUCGCAUUCAAGUUGGCGCUGGAUAGGACUGUGGUGUGGCUUGUGGGCAUUCAUUGGACUGGCGCUUACAGUAGUAUUCUACCACCCACCGCCGCGAGUGAACAGCCUAGGCAUGAGCCGAAAGCAAGUACUGGCUGAAAUCGACUAUAUUGGUGGCCUGCUUUCCACCGGAGGCAUGAUUUGUUUCAUGGCCGGCAUGCAAUGGGGUGGCUACCAAUAUCCAUGGUCCAGCGCCCACGUCCUCGCACCUCUGAUCAUCGGCGCUGUCCUUAUCAUAGCCUUCGUGUUAUGGGAGAACUAUGGAGCAAAGCACCCAAUGUUUCCGAAAAGACUCCGCCAAGAGCCUCGCAUUCUCGGUUUGACUCUGGUCAUCACCUUCAUCUCGGGCGCCAAUUUCUUUUCGAUCUUGAUGUUCUGGCCGACGCAAGCCUUCAAUGUAUACGGUCAUGACCCAGUAGGCGUAGGAAUUCGCGGCAUUCCCGUUGGUUUCUCUAUUCUAGCUGGAGCUUGUAUCGUCCUGUGGCUGCUUUCAGUACUUCGGGGCCACAACAAGGAGCUUUUGAUCGCAUCCUCGAUACUUAUGACCGCCGGAUGCGGUGCUCUAUCUAUCGGAAGGGUUGACAAUUUGUAUCAACUCUGGGGUCUGUUAGUCCUGGCUGGACUUGGCAUCGGCGGAAUCGUCGUUCCAGCAUCGAUUAUAUCGACCAUCAUCUGUCCAGAUGAUCUGAUUGCGACCGUUGCAGCACUCACUUUGGCUAUUCGCGUCAUCGGUGGCUCGAUUGGCUACUGUGUAUACUACAAUGUCUUCAUUUCCAAGUUCGUCCCGGCAGCGACUCAUUACAUUGGCGGUACGAUGGUGACCAAGUUGAACAUCACAUCUCCCAAGAUCAUCGAAGAAGCUAUAGUAAUAACCGGAGCGUCGCUGCUACCGCUUCUGGAAGAACUUCCCGGAAUCAAAGGCGUUCCUGGUGCCUAUGAGAUGGUGGUCUUCGCUGGUCAGUUGGCAUACGCCGAAGCGUACAAAUAUGUGUACUACGUUAGUAUCGCUUUUGGAGGCGUUAGCAUCAUCGCAGCGUGCUUCUUGGGCGAUAUUUCUAAGUACAUGGACGACCACAUAGCUGUUCCGUACUGA